AUGGCGCAGCAAAACGCAAAUAUUCCAUCGAGCUGCGUUCUCUGUUCCAAUCCCGAUGACGAACAUAUGGUGACAUGUUCGAGGUGCAAAAUAAAUUACCAUUUAAUUUGUUGUAACAUUGAUGAUGACCGUGGUGUAAUUAAUUGGAUGUGCCAGAAAUGUCAAGAGCAACAGCAAAAUAUGCAUCAUAACCUCAAUGUCGAAGCAACAGCUAAUGGUACCAGCACCGAACAUAUUGAUGAGACAUCAUAUUUUCAACAACCGUCAGCAAGUGGUUCUCAUCAAACGAUGCUCACAACAACUCUUCCAACGGGGUUUACAAUAAAAACACAACUACAACUUCGACAGCUCGAAGAAGAGAUGGCAUUAAGAGAAGAAUUUCUUAGGCGCAAAUAUGAGUUAUUGCAAAAUAACGGCGUGCAACAGACGAACAUUAUGGGAAAUAUUUCGCGAGAACCAGAUGAACGGUCAGCAGAUAACAAUAUUCAUACCCAAGAAUCUGAACAGCCCCAAGUAUUUCAGUGCCAACAAAAUGCAAGUAUAUCAACACAGCAUAAUUAUAGUCGCGGUAACGUAAUGUCAACGCAAGCAAGGCUAUCAGGCGUAAAUAGAGAUCAAAAUCAUAACAAUGACAUCUCAACUUUAAAUCAACCGCUGUAUCAUAGUACUCACAGAAAUAUUCUACCGCUGUAUUCAAAUGAGAGUGAUGUACAUCGCCAUCAAGUUGGUGACGGAUUGAACAUACCCCAUGCCAGUACUCUCAACAACAACAGCUAUUUGACAGAUCCAAACGUAAACAAUAACACAAGCGAUAUUAAUAUUUCAGCAACACAAUUUUUUGCUCGCCAAAGUUUUUCGAAAGAUUUGCCACAUUUUAAUGGUGACCCCCGAGAGUGGCCAAUUUUUAUAAGCGCGUUUGAACAAAGUACAAAUGCUGCAGGUUAUAGUAACGAAGAAAACCUUAUUCGGUUGCAGAAGUGUCUACACGGUAAGGCUCGUGAUGCUGUAAGAAAUUGCUUGAUGUUGCCCGACAUGGUUCCAGAUAUCAUUCGCACUCUAAAAAUGUACUUUGGUCGUCCAGAAUGCGUCCUUAAAAGUCUAAUUGACGAUAUUCGGAAAAUGAUUUUGCCAAAGGGAAAACUCGAAGCUUUGAUUGAAUUUGCUUUUGCCAUUAAAAAUAUGUGCGCUACUAUACGUGCUAGCAAAUUAGAUGAUUAUAUUAUGAACCCUACUCUACUACAGGAAUUAGUCGAAAAGCUAUCACCAGAUAUGAUGAUUCAAUGGGCAUUACACUCAAAAGAUAAGCAACGACCAACUCUAAUAGAUUUUUCGGAUUGGCUUUACAUUAUUGCGGAAGCUACAUGUAGAGUCACCGUUCCCAAUUUCGAGUUCACCAAUGACAAGAAAACGUCGAGGAAGGAAAACCGUCUCAACACACAUUUCGAACACGAGGACAAGCGUAGACUACCAGUUUGUUUUCUGUGUGAAGAUGCACACAAGUUGUCCAAAUGUUCAAAAUUUAACGAAAUGACUACCACUGAAAGAUGGGAUUUAGUUAAAUCGAAGAAUUUGUGCUGCAUUUGUCUUGGAAGACAUCGACGUAAGUGUUGGUUUCAAAGAGAGUGUGGUGUCAAUGGAUGCAUUGUACGCCACAGCCCCUUACUUCACAGCGACGACUAUCCAGGUGUAAGUACAUUAAGCACUAUUAAUAAUCAUAAAGCUUCGGGGACACAGGAUUCAUUUUUCCGAAUUGUGCCAGUAACACUUUAUAACAAUUCAAAGUCUGUAACAAUUUUUGCGCUUAUGGAUGAUGGGUCUAGUUUAACACUUUUGGAGGAGGGUGUUGCAGAUAAGUUGGGUGUAACAGGAAUCACUGAUCCACUGUGCAUGCGUUGGACUGGUGAUGUAGUACGUUUCGAAGAUGCAUCUAGAAGGUUCGAUCUGAAAAUAUCAGCCAAAAAUAGUUCUAUAAUUUACCCUCUCCAAAAUGUUCACACAGUAGAAAGUUUGAAUUUGUCACCAGAAACUUUGUUGCUAAAGGAUAUUAGACAAAAAUACCCUUACUUGGUCGAUGUACCUCUAGAGGAAUAUGAAGAUGCUGUCCCUUCCAUGAUUAUAGGUGUAAAUAACCCAAAUCUGAUUUCGUCUAUUAAGACUAGAGAAGGGAAGUGGCACCAACCAGUUGCUUCGAAAACUAGACUUGGGUGGACACUUUUUGGUGGUAAUUCAAUGGUAGCAACGUUAAAUGUGCACUCGUGUGUAUGCACUAAAGACGCGCAGCUGCACAAAGUAGUAAAACAAUUUUUUUCUGGUGAAAGUGACUGCACUGAUUUAUCGACAUAUCUGGCCGUACCACAAGAAGACGAACGAGCUCUGCGUAUCAUGAGAGAAACAUGUACAUUUAAAGAUGGACGAUACGAAGUAGGGCUACUAUGGAAAGAGGAUAAUACCGUAUUGCCUAAUAGCCUACCAACAGCAAUGAAGCGGUUAAAUUGCAUUAAGAAAAAAGCACGUCGUGAUACUAAAAUCGCCGAAGUUUUGCAGCAACAAAUAGAAGGUUUAGUAGAGAAAGGCUAUGCCGAAAAGUUGCCUUCUUAUGUUUUGGAACAAGAAAUCGGAAAGGUGUGGUAUCUUCCUACAUUUAUAGUAAAAAAUCCCCAUAAACCAAAUAAAGUCCGCUUGGUAUGGGAUGCUGCUGCCAAAACUGGAAAUGUGUCUUUAAAUGAUUUUUUGCUUAAAGGGCCAGAUCUACUUAGACCAUUAAUGCAUGUCAUAUUUAAAUUCAGAAUAGGAGCAGUUGCGGUCUGCGGAGACAUAGCGGAAAUGUUUCACCGCAUAAGAGUGAGGAAAGCGGAUGCGAGUGCUCAAAGAUUCUUGUGGUGGGAUAGUCAAAAUCCGGUUCUGAUUUAUCAACUUAACGUUCUUACUUUUGGAGCAUCCUGUUCUCCGUUCAUUUCACAUUAUGUGAGAAACAAAAAUGCAGAAGCAUUCGGCCACGAAGACUCCAAAGUUAUCGAAGCCAUAACCAAGCAACAUUAUGUUGAUGACUUCAUAGAUUCCACCGAUACUGUCGCGGAGGCCAUUGAAUUAUCUCAAAAGGUUAAAGAAGUACAUGCUUGUGGAGGAUUUGUUAUGAGGAAUUGGUUAUCCAACUCGGAUGAGGUUUUACAGGCCCUCGGAGAAGUCCAAACUGUUAUGAAUAAAAAUUUUGAAUGCAACGAAAACAUCAAUCAGUAUGAAAAGGUUCUCGGUCUCUAUUGGGAUUCGAAAUCAGAUACCUUUAAAAUAAAUUUGAAAUUCGUAAGAAUCAAACGUCCAAUAUUCGUUGAAGAUAUUAUUCCAACAAAGAGGGAAGUACUGCAAGUUUUAAUGUCGGUUUUCGAUCCAUUAGGUUUCGUAGCCUGUUUUAUGUCGUAUCUGAAAACCAUAUUACAACAUAUCUGGAGGAGUGGAAUUGAAUGGGACGAAGCACUUAACAAUGAUCUAUACACUGAGCGGUUAUUGGGACGAGGCUUGUAA